AUGGUCCAAAAACUAUACGUCACGUACAACGAUGUGCACAAGCUGUGCCAGGAGUCAGCCGAGAAGAUCCUUGCCGACUGGCAGCCCCAGCUGAUGAUUGCCAUUGGCGGGGGUGGCUACGUUCCAGCCCGCAUCCUCCGGUCGUUCCUCAAGAAGCCCGGUAGCCCCAACAUCCCCAUCCAGGCCAUCGGACUCUCGCUCUACGAGACUCUCGGCGACGGCUCAGGCGACAAGGACGUCGAGGCUCCCGGAACAAAGGUCACCCGCACCCAGUGGCUCGACCUCACGGCCCUCGGUGAGGUUAAGAACCUGGUCGGGAAGCGCAUCCUCAUCGUCGACGAGGUGGACGACACCCGCACCACGCUCGAGUACGCCGUCAAGGAGCUCGAGAAGGAUGUCGAGGCUGCGCGUGUCAGCCUCGGCGGCAAUCAGCCCAAGACCGAGUUUUCCAUCUUCGUUCUUCACAACAAGGACAAGACCAAGAAGGGCAUCCUCCCCAACGACAUGCUCUCCUCCGGUCGCUACAUGGCCGCCCGUACCGUCGGCGACGAGUGGAUCUGCUACCCCUGGGAGGCCAUCGACAUUGAAGAGCAUGACGAGAACGCCAGGAAGCAGCUCUCUGCGUAA